AUCGUUCUCCAUUUAUACUACCAAUGCUCCUUGUUUUUCCUUUUUCUUUACGCUCCUCCUCCCGUUUUCCUGCUGCAUUCCCGCUUUCUUUGUGAUUCACAGGGUUUCACAAUAGAACAACAUUACCUAUGUCAACCUUGACCACUCCUCCCCCAGACACAUUCUCGGCUCGUGACGAUGUUGCUCGCCUCCGCAAAGCUUUGAAAAAAGGAAUACGCUGCAAAACUUCAGUGGUCAUAGAAAUCCUUGCUCAUAGAGACUCAGCGCAAAGAGAACUCAUUCUACAAGAAUAUGAAACUGCAUAUUCUGAACCGCUCACCAAACGUAUCAGUUCAGAAAUUCAUGGAAACAUCAAGAAAGCAUUGCUUCUUUGGAUGGAUGAACCUGCCAAUAGGGAUGCUACUGUAGCAAGGCAAGCCUUGACUUCAUCCCUUGUUGAUAAUCAAGCUAUAACUGAAGUGAUCUGUUCUCGCUCCCCAUCACAAAUAAGGCGCUUUAAAGAAGUUUAUCAGAAAGUAUACCAUACUCGUUUAGAGAGGGACAUUGAAGACUAUCUAUCUGGGGAUCUCAAGAAGCUGUUGCAUGAAUAUAUAAGCGUUCCACGUUAUGAAGGCCCAGAAUUUGAUCAAGAAAUAGUAGAGAAGGACGCCAUGGAUCUGUAUAAAGCUGGGGAGAGGAAGAUGCUAGGAACUGAUGAGAAGACUUUCAUAAGGGUUUUUAGUGACAGAAGCAGGACACAUUUGGCUGCUAUUGCCGAAGCAUAUGAAAGAAACAACGGCCACUCACUGGAAAAGGCUAUAAAGAAAGAAACAAGUGGCUAUUUUGAAAGGGGACUAUUGGCCAUUCUUCGAUGUGCUACUAACCCUGCACUGUACUUCGCCAAGAUUCUGAGGAAAUCAAUGAAGGGAUUUGGAACCGAUGAUAGUCGAUUAAUAAGAGUAAUUGUGACAAGAACUGAAAUUGAUAUGCGCCAAAUAAAAGAAGCAUACCUCUCAAGAUAUGGGAAGCCAUUAGCCAGUACGGUUCGAUCAGACACAUCGGGCCAUUAUAAGGACUUUCUUCUAUCUCUAAUAGGUGAUGAUUAGGGAUAUGCGAACAAAGAGCCCUAUGACCAAUGGCAUGUAAACUAAAAUAAUUCGUAUCCACAGCCAGUUUCGACAUAUGA